AUGGCGAACUUCAGCCUUGGAACCGCAACCGUCUCAGACGCGAACGAGCUAGGCCACCUCAUGGCACUCGCGUACAAAAACGACCCUAUCCAACGAAACCUCCUGCCCUUUGCCCUCCGCGGUGACUACUGGGGUGCGUGGCUCGCGCAUGAUUUUGCACGUGCGGGGGAGGUGUAUUAUAAAAGUACCGAUGUGUCUAGCAGGGGACGGGAUUCUGAUGAAUUCUUAUCUAGUAAAAUCGUAGCUUUCGCCAAAGUCCGGUACCCGGGUCCUAUAGAUUCUAAAGGGGACUUUGAAGGAGAGCCGCCCGAGGGCACGGAUAUUCAGACAUUAGUGCACUGGUUCGAGCAAAUGGAUGCGUAUCAUGAGAAACACGCCAGUUAUGAGAAAGACUACUAUCUAAACGUCCUCUGUGUACACCCCUCAUACCAGCGGCUCGGCUUGGGUAAAAUGCUCCUAACGCGCUUCCUGGCUGAUGCGGACAAGGAGCACGCUAGAGUCUAUCUACAGGCUACGGAGCUUGGGCACCCGCUUUAUCUGAAGUAUGGAUGGGUGGAUAUUGAGGAUAUGGUUACGCAGACGCCAGAAGGCCCGGUGGUCUGGAAAUGUAUGAUGAGAGAGCCGGGAGAUGGGGCUAAGGGUAUAAUCUGA